AUGAAAAAAAGUGACUUAACCAAGUUUCUUAUAUCUUUUAAUGGCCAAAUAGAAUAUGUUAUAUUUCCUGGUGGUGUAUUUGACGAUAAAAUAUUCAUACAAUACGAUGUUGUAUGGGGUCCAGAUUGGGAUCCUAUCUCCGGACUAAACUCUAGCAUCAGUCAGAUGGCAACGUCUGGCAGAGAUCCUGAGCGUGUAGUUUUUAAUUUACCCUUAGAAAGGAUGUUCAGCAGUACUAACGUGUUUGGUUGGCCGCAAGUAAUCAUAACUGUAAAAGCACAUAACGCCAUCGGCGGAGACUCGCUACGGGGCUACGCCGUAGUCCUGUUACCUCCAACGACCGGAGAGCGGGAGAUAUCAGCGCCGAUAAUACGGCCUCGGGCCGCCACAGUCCUGGGAGAGUGGCUAUCUUGGCUGACUGGCAGGUAUCCAGAGCUGGCUGAUCCUAAGAUGCUGGCUGACGGGAAGGAGAAUUAUCUAUUACGGACAGAGUCGUACGGGAGCGUGCUACUAAAGAUCUCUAUGGUUUCAAAGGACCUCCGUAAACUCGGCUACGAUAAUCAGCCGCCAGUCGCCAGUAGCAAUUAUUGUAACUAA